AGUCCUCAGCUGAUAAAGUGCACAAACAAUGGUUGAAGGUGUGGGUGAGAUAGUUGGCUUCUGCCUGGGCGUCGUAGGUCUGAUCGGAGCUUCAGCUGUAACGGGUCUCCCCAUGUGGAGGGUGUCGGCAUUCAUCCAGGAGAACAUCAUCGUCAUGGAGACUCGCUGGGAGGGUUUAUGGAUGAACUGCUACCGCCAGGCCAACAUCCGCAUGCAGUGCAAAGUGUACGACUCGCUGCUCUACCUGCCUCCUGAGCUCCAGGCUUCCCGAGGUCUGAUGUGCUGCUCGGUCGGACUGAGCUUUUUCGGAUUGGUGGUAUCCUUGCCAGGCUUGCAUAGCGUUUCCUGUUUUCCUGAUAAACUACAAGUCAAAUCUUUCUUCAUUGCAAUCGGUGGCUCGAUGGAGAUCAUGUCUUGCAUUUGUGUUCUCAUUGCUGUGUCCUGGACGGCUCAUACCAUCAUUCAGGACUUUUAUGACCCACUAUUGAUCAGUGCCCAGCGCCGGGAACUUGGUGAAGCUCUUUACAUUGGCUGGGUCACUGCAUUCAUCCUGUUUUGCUCCGGUAUUUUUUUGCUGGCAUGCCGGAAUUAUGACUCGAAUCAAACCUACCAGCUUGUUUACCCCAGUAACAGAAUGACCAUGACACGUUUCCAACCUGCCACUGCAACCCGAAGCUCAAUCAGCUCAACUCCCCAUCAGACUCUGCUUCUGAACCAGCAGCCUUCUACUUCGGCGUACAGUGUCUCCUUAGCAUCCCCUGGUGGCCAGGUUCCAUUCUACAACAUUCCUGUGGUUUAUCCCACGAACAUGAUACCUGUUCAGCACUAUCCAUCUCUGCACAGCUCAUACAACUCAGGGAGGCUCUCCAUGCCAGGAAAUCCUCUUCAUUCAGGCAUGCAGUCUGCUCAUCCUAGUCCCCAAUUUGUACCUCCUGCUGUAGGGUAUGAUGGGAACUUCGUCACUGCUGUUCAGCCUACUGUCUCUCUUCCACCAAUGGUUGGGGACAACUGGAAGAAACCAGCAUCACAUGACUUCUCCACUUCACACUCAAGUUCAGGAAUGUAUAUAUAAACACAUAUUAUAUAACUCAGCCUAAACUUUUUAAGAUCUUUGAUUUUGGAAAAUUUU